AGGGAGUUGCAGUAUAGGGGAGGUCCUCCCCUGAAGGUGAAGGUGGGGAGAAAACCUGGUCAAAUCACCCUGAGUAUGAGCAAUGAAGCCACCUGGCCCUGACAGGCUGGAGAAAAGAUCUCUGACAUCCCCUGCCCACAGCGUGGUCAUCGUUUUAUACCUGAGUCGAAAGUACCAGAUACGGGGACACUGGUACCCAUCUGAGCUGCAAGCCCACACCUGCGUGGAUGAGUACUUGGUGUGGAAGCAUGUCACCAUCCAGCUGCCUGCCAUCAAUGUCUACCUGUGCAAGCCCAGUCUCUCCUGCCCCACUUCUCCGGACAGCCUGCAGAUGCUGCACAGCUGGAGCGGCUGUUGGGGAGGCUGAUGCCAGCCCUGAAGCACCUGGAUGGGGGGGGUGCUGGUGGCCAGGCCCUUCCUGGCAAUGGAGCAGAUCUCCCUGGAAGACUUGGUGCUGACGGAGGU